AACAAGACUUAUUGCGUCGGCGGCCGGGGGCAGCAAAAUCUUUGCACAUUGCACGCUCGCUCUCUGUAACGGUGCGCCGUGUUACCCUCACUUCACGUGAAACACUCAAACACCGAACUGCUGGAACUUUCUCUGCACUUCCAUCUACAUCGUCCUCACAAUGGAAUACGACGCCAGUACACCCUCCGAGUUAGCUUUAUCCGACACCGACAUCUGCUGGGACAGGCUAGACAAAGGAAGAUUUCAUGUCAUUGGAGCUAUUCUCUUCACAGCCCAGUCUGCUUUGAUACAUCCAACAGCUGUUGUGAAGACAAGGAUGCAAGUGGCUAGUUCCGGAUUAUUCUCAUCACGUAUGACAGGACUGUCUGUUUUUAAACACAUACUUAAGAAUGAUGGUAUCCCUGGUGUAUUUAGAGGCUUUGGCACAUCAGCCAUUGGAUCACUGCCUGGCAGAGUGCUGGCUUUGACUUCACUUGAGGUAUCAAAAGAUGUCAUGCUCAAGCGCACACAAAGUUUGGAUAUGCCGGAAGCAACUCGUGUUGGCAUGUCAAAUGCAGUUGCUGGCAUGAUGUCAAAUCUAAUUUCAUGUGUGUACUUUGUACCUUUGGAUGUGGUUUGCCAGAGACUCAUGGUUCAAGGGCUUCCUGGAACUAAACAUUGCAAUGGGACAUUUGAUGUUGUACGUAAAGUAAUGAAGGACGAAGGUGUGAGGGGUCUGUAUAGAGGUUUUGGAUUAACGGCUGUGUAUCAGUCCCCUGCUUCUGCACUGUGGUGGGGUGCUUAUGCUGCUUCUCACCAUCUUAUUUGGAGGAGUGUGCAGGUAUAUGGUGAUGAUGGAAUGGUAAAGAAACCAUCUGAUAUGGAGAUGGUUACAGUCCAAGCUACUGCUGGAAUGUUAGCUGGUGCUUGUUCUUCAGUUAUCACAACUCCUAUAGACACUGUCAAAACACGGCUUCAGGUUAUGGAUGGUGAAGGGGGAGGCAGUGGCAUUGGGGAGCGACAGCGGCCAUCAGUGAUGAGAACAGCAAGGGUACUCCUACAAGAAGAGGGGUGGAGAGGUUUCUACAGAGGUUUCGGGCCAAGGUUCCUUAAUAUGUCUUUCUAUGGAGUUUCAAUGAUAGUAACUUACGAGCUUAUAAAGAGGCUAUCGGUGAAGCAUUCUUGAUGAAGCACAUGCAUGGUUAUGGGAAGCAUGCACUGAUCAGACUGAUUCAAAAUUAGAUCGGUGCGUAAUCUGAACUCUGAUCUGUAAGUGGCUAAGCUACCUUUGCCCAUGAAUUGGGUUCUCCGUGUACACUGCACAACAGCAUGUAAUUUUACUCAAAUGAUCAAAUAUGGUUAAUGCAUUGCAUUGUUUUGAGUUAGAAUAGCAGCCUGAAGGUAUACAAAGAUAUAGGGAGUAGUGUUUGUGCCCAAGUAUAUUGCUGAUGUAUUUGUAAUUUACGUUACUCUUUCAGUCAUCUAGCUCCUAAUUUACACUUCGUAUCACAUAUGGAGUAUGUGUAAAAUAAACUCCAUUGUCGUUGGAAAGGAUUACAUUAAGAGUGGUGCUACAUUUACACCACUUUCGUUUUUGUG